UUGUCUUGGAAAGUCUGUAUUUAUCAAGAUGGCGAAGACUUAAAAGUGGACGAACUAAGACUUAAACGAGCAGUAAGCAACUGUUCUGGGUUCAUCAAUGUUAACGUCUAUUUAGAUUUGAUGUUGGCGAACGCCAGGGGUUUCCUAUCCGACGCGAUCACUCUUCCGAACGUUUCCAAUAACAUUGACCUCGCAAAUGGUGAAAUCCGUGGGCUAUCCACUAUAUACAGAAGUGGAAAGUCACACGUGUUCUGCAGUGGCAAGUCCGCUAUUAUCCAGGUGUCGCUGGGCUUUCGAAACUUGAGCGGUUCAUACAAGUGGCACAAGAAACUUCCUUUGCUAUCACUAGAUGGCGCGAUCGACAUCAAAGUCGAUGAUCUCCAGAUUGUCGCCAAGAUCAGCCAGUCUCCAUCAGAUUCAAUUCUUCGUCUAACUAUGUUUGACAUUGUUAGGCUAGAAGGAGUGAAGAUCCACAUUACAGGUUUGGGUCCACUAAGCUGGCUGUUCUCCAAACUAAGCACUUUCCUUGUCAGAAUUUUUAGAAGUUUCGUUGCUAACUAUGUUGAAGGCCCAAUACAAAAAGUGAUUCGGCAUAUUAUCGAGAAGACUAAACCAAUUUUUCCUCCGUAUUGAACUAACAACAGAAAAGCUUUCCAUUAUUUUUUUUUUUCCUUGUAACCUUGUCGCUGAAUAAAAACUUUCCAAUGAAA